UGCUUAUCUAUCUUUCUCUAUUGCCUUUCAUAUACUGAUGUAUUUAGUGAGAAACGGCAGAUUCUAAAAGUUUUUUUUUUUUUUAAAAGUUAAAAGAUUUUAUGGAAUAAGAAGUGACAUUUUAGCCCAAUCACAAGAAAUGAAUAUUUUCCGCUUAGCCGGGGAUUUGUCGCACGUAGUUGCAAUUAUAAUUCUCCUGUUAAAAAUUUGGAAAACUCGAUCGUGCGCAGGAAUAUCGGGAAAAUCUCAGAUUCUUUUUGCUUUAGUUUACUUAACACGUUAUUUGGACUUGUUUACUACUUAUGUCAGCCUAUAUAAUUCUUUGAUGAAGAUAUUAUUCCUGUCAGCUUCUGGAACCACAUUAUAUUUGAUGUAUGGCAAAUUUAGAGGAACUUACGACCACAACCAUGACACCUUCCGCAUCGAGUUUUUGCUGAUUCCUUGUGGCUUACUAGCAAUGAUCAUAAAUCACGAAUUUACUUUAAUGGAGAUACUUUGGACAUUUUCAAUAUAUUUGGAGUCGGUGGCAAUUCUACCGCAGCUGUUUAUGGUUAGCAAAACAGGAGAAGCAGAAUCAAUUACUAGUCACUAUCUCUUCGCGCUUGGUUCAUAUCGUGCUCUUUAUUUACUGAACUGGAUACAUCGCUAUAUUGCAGAAACUCAUUACGAUUUGAUUGCGAUAUUUGCUGGAAUAGUGCAGACUAUUUUAUACUGCGAUUUCUUCUAUUUGUAUAUAACCAAAGUACUAAAGGGAAAGAAACUACAACUACCGGCAUAAACGAUUUGAAUUGAAUUAGUGCUUUGAGUUUUAAGGUAGAGUUAUUAAAGAAUAUUUUUAAAUUGAAAUAAAUUGCAUAUAUUUAAGAGUGCAUUUUAAAUUUGUACCUAUAAUAUCUUGAAAUUUUAUAUAUGUAAUAAUAAUUUUAUGUUCUCCAAAUGAAUUGUGAUUCGUGUCAGUUCUCAUUAUUAACAAUCGUAUAGUUUAGAUUACUUUAAUAAUUACCACUUUUCUUAGAAUAUCGGAAAAUAAGUGGAAAGAUUAUGUCUACCAAAAUAGACUUCAGUAAAAUAAUAAAAAGUUAAUGCUUUUAUGUAAAGGAAUAUUAUUCUUCUAAACUAACAGUAUGAAAUUUAAUAUUUUUUAAAUUCAGCUUCUAGCUUGCAGCAAUAGUUGCAAGACUUGAAAGCCUCUUUUUGAAUUUAUUUUUUCAUUUAAGAAAUGCAUUCGAAGGUUAGGUUUCUAACUUAAUUUUUAUCAUUUCGCUGUUUUAAGUGCCCCGCAAAUUUAUAAACUAGAACAUCGGAUUUUGAUCGGAAAACUAGUAUAUAUAAUAUUUUAAAAAAAUUUCAGCCAUUGGUAAAUAGUUCAGGGGUAUAUCUAUGGGUGGGAUCGUUCAAAUGAUCCAAAUUAACGUGCGUAAAAUCUACAUAGAGAAAAAAAAAAAUACAUACAGUCAACCUGAUAGAAGCGUUCCCACGAUAACUUUGAAACUAUUUGACCAAUUUGAUUCUAACAAACUGCAUUGUAUGGGCUUAUAAUAUUUAUAAAACGCAAUUUAAUCAAUAAAAUCUACAAUCACCACCAUUAGCUAUUAUGGCUACAUAUCUUCGA